AUUUGUGUUUCUCAUCGCAUCGGUACGGUUGUAGUAUUUCUGCUGUUUCAUUCGGUCAAAAGAGAGUUCGUUCCGUGCUUCUGUUGGUAUACUUGAAAUAGUUUACAUUUUUAACAAAAAUGAGUUCAAUCGGAACCGGUUACGAUCUGUCCGCGUCACAGUUUUCGCCAGAUGGGCGCGUUUUCCAAAUCGAGUAUGCCGGCAAGGCGGUCGAAAACAGCGGCACCGUCAUAGGCUUGCGUGGUAAGGAUGGGAUCGUGCUGGCGGUAGAGAAACUGAUCUCCAGCAAGCUCUACGAACCGGACUGUGGUUCCCGUAUUUUCACCAUCGAUACCUCGAUUGGCAUGGCUAUCAGUGGCAUGAUCGCCGACGGGAGAGCCGUUGUUGACAUUGCUCGGCAGGAAGCGUCCAACUACCGGCAACAAAACAAUCGCGCCAUUCCUCUGAAGCAGUUGAUCGAUCGUUUGUCCAGCUACUUCCACGCUUACACACUCUACAGCGCGGUCCGCCCGUUCGGCGUGAGUGUCAUUUUGGCAUCAUGGUCGGAGGAAAAGGGCCCGGAGAUGUACAUGAUCGAUCCGUCCGGCGUUUCAUGUGGCUACUUUGGUUGUGCCGUGGGCAAGGCUAAACAAACGGCUAAAACAGAGAUCGAAAAGCUGAAGCUCGCCGACAUGACCGUGAAGGAUCUGGUGCUUACGGCGGGAAAAAUCAUCUAUCAGGUACAUGACGAGCUGAAGGACAAAGACUUUAAACUGGAGCUCAGUUGGGUGUGCCAGGAAUCGAAGGGUGUCCACAAGAGCGUACCGGCCGAGGUAUACGCCGCAGCCAACCGUGCCGGCCAGGAAGCCGUCGAUGACGACGACAGUGAUAAUGAAAUUUAAAUCUAAGCCUUUGUUUUGUGAAUUGCAUUGAAAGAGGAAAUGGACACAAAAACAAAAAUCGGUUGUUUGGUUUCAA